CCCUCUCCAGCUUUUAUAACCAGCUGGUAACAUGAACAUUAAAGCAGAAAGCUGAAAAAGUCCCCCAGAAGCUCCUACUACCAAACAAAGCAACAGCGCUACAAGUGGGAGACAGGAGUUCAUUGUGUGAAGUUUUUUUUCCACACAAGAGUGCAGAAGAAGAAGAAGAAUACAUCCCUGUACUUCUGUUAUCUCGCAGCCGCUCUGCUCCCACAGCAACAGCCUCCACCACCAGAGUGCAGGUAGGGACUUUCAGCGUCAGAGCACAUCCCUGGAUAUUUCCUCUGAAAGGUGAGCCGGAUUCUUCACUCAGAAACUUUUGUUUUAGCCUCUACAUGAGAGUUUUAGAUCUGAUGGUUUAUUUUCAACAGCCGUACCAACACAGGGAGAGAUCCAGCUAACAAUAAUCCUUUUGUCUCCUGAGACCUGCCUGUUAUUAUCCCUCUCAAUGGUGUCCUUUGAGAUUUGUCAGUUUUUGAUGGAAGGUGAAAGGCAGAGACAGUUCAGAGGUUUCGUUGCUCCAGGAACAGACUGUUUAUCUCUUUUCUUUUAACAUACACAGCACAGUCUUCCAUAAAUCAGCUCUAAAUUAUAACUCAAGUACAAGUCGUUUUGUUUUUUUGACACUUCUGGGAAAUUUAUGCGACUUUCGGUGUUUAAUACAUCACGAGGCUGACUCCUCAGUUACAGAGUGUAAUCACUGACCAUGAGGAAGUGAGAAAACCACGGAGGAGUGAAAGGAUCGAGGGAGUUUUGGGAGUCAAGGCAACGUCUCGUGCUGUUCCUGAAGGCAUCCAGGCGCUAAAAUGUAUGAUUAACUUGAUGUUGACCAGCUUUCAUAGUGAAGGCAGGCAAAACAGCGCAUGAGCCACUUCCUGUUUUGUGUUAAUGAUAACUGUAACCGCUCUUCUGUGGACGGGUCGUAACAUUUGGGAUACUUGCAAGAAGAGGUCACAAAGGAUAUCCCGAUUCUCAGAGAGCUCAGUCAUUCUUGUUGUGGAUAACAAUUUGCCUGUUUUGUCACAUCACACAAAGGGGACUGUUCCCCAACUGGCCCACACACACAAACACACACAUUUGGUAGUGACAAUCUUGAAGUGACUCCAGAACAGUGGGGUUGUAAACGGGGGUGGGAAGGAGAGAUUUGGAGAUAGGAUACAGUGAUGUUUGUGUGUGUGUGUGUGCCUGUAGACUGUGAAAAAGAUCAAUCUUGAGGUUUAACACACUGAAAGAAAAUAUUGUGCAUGUAUUAAAAGAUAUAAAGAUAUUUAAGCAGCUGUUUUGCUGUAGGAUUAGCAUCAUGGAGCGAUCCCUAAGUCCUGGGUGUGACAGCUUGGUAUCAGCUUUUCUAUGCAAAUACAAAAACAAGACAGCAGCAUUUGUUUUUUUUAGUAUUUUUAGUAUCGCCUACUGCAUUUGUGUCUGUUUCAUUGGCUGUAAAUGUGUAAGUCUAAAGCAUCAUAGUAUAAUAUUUCAAAUUGCUGUUUAAAAUGCGAAGAAAACUAUAAUUUAACUAUGAUGUUGUUGUGAAUGAGUUAUUCCUCUUUCAUUCUAACAAACAACCCUAACCCACACUCCAUGUAAUAUGACAGCAAAUGUAGGAGUGGAAAAGAAAGGCUCAUGAGUGUUUGAAUAUGACACAAAGCUAACAAAAGGUAAGGGGUUAGGAGUUGGGAAAGAGGCAGGUGUUCUCCCUACCUCACUCUCCUGUGUCCACCUCACACAGGAAACAGAACAAUCCCACUGUUAAUUUGUCACCAAAGUGGCAAUACGCAAUGACAUGGUGAAACUAAAACAAUGAACACUGUGCAUGCAAAUGACCCGUAACUGUGUUUCUGUUGUUUUUCUUCAAGGUGUACUAACAGGCAGUGAAAAUGGGAUGCUUUGGAUUCCUCAAAGCCAUGAUGGUCGCUUUCAAUGGCAUCAUAUUUGUAAGUUUUCAUGUUUGAUUUUAAGUAUUUCAGGUGUUUUUUCCUUUGUAGGAAACAGUGCUACUUUGAUGUUUUAUUUUAGGUGUGCAUUAACAGUAGAGGUUUCCGGGAACUUCUGUGAACUUGAUUUAAAAUCUGAGUAUUUUUAAUUUCUUUAACUGUUUGGUUCAGAUUCAAGAGUUACUGAAUUAUCCUUUAAGUAGAAACUGAGGGUAAAAUAAUACCAGUACUGUUGCUAGAUACAGUACUAGUCACAUACUGACAGUCAUUUCAAAACUUAAAGCUCCUGUGAGGAGUUUUUGAUAGGUAAAGAAACACGCUGAAAUUAGCAGUAAUACAUUUCUAUGAUGGGGAAAAAAGCAAAUGAGACCAUUUUCAACGAUGAUGACAUGAUCUAUAUACUUAUUUUUAUAUUUAUUCUUAAUUCCUGUGACUGGUGUUAAGUAUAUUGGUAAAUGCCUGUGUUACUACGUCUAAAGCAAAUAUCAGAAGUGAUUGGCUUACUUUUCUUAGUGGAAAAAAGCAAUAUUCUGCUUUGUUGGCUGAAAAUAUUGUUGUAAGAGCAUGAUUAGUAGCCAAUAUUUAGUGGCUUUUAGUCCCAAAAUGCUGGAUCCAACUAUCCCUAUGAUUAAUGUCAUCAUUCAUCUGUUUUUACAAGCUGAUUACAUCCUUUAAUUGCACUUACAGACUGUCAAAGUUCUCCUUUAACCCUCAACCCUUUCACCACCUCUCCUUGCCUUGUCUCCUCUUAAUUACUCUUCCUCAGUUGGCUGGCGCUGCCAUCCUGGGUGUCGGGAUCUGGGUAAAAGUAGACAGCGGCUCCAUCCUGGGUUUACUUGGGAAAAUUGAAGGCGCACCAGAAGAGCUCAGUCAAGUGCUCAAUGUGGGCUACCUGCUGAUCGCUAUAGGAGCGCUGCUGCUGGUGAUCGGCUUUCUGGGCUGCUGUGGAGCAGUCAGAGAGAGCAAGUGCAUGCUGCUGCUGGUAGGAUGUUGUUAUGUUAAUGUUCUGCCUUUAGUAGCAUGAUGAUUUUAUCAAACUAGCUUUAUGGAUUUAUUGAUUAAAUGAAUUUUACAUGUUUUCUUAAAUGCUGGUCUUAGAAAUCACAUUUUAACAGCAUGCUUGUCUUUGGCCCUUUAGUUUUUUAUCAUAGUCCUGGUGGUCUUCAUCGCAGAGGUUGCUGGAGCAGUGGUGAUCUUGGUGUUCAGACCCUUGGUAAAUUAUGAGCAAACUUUCCCAUGGUAUAUAUUCAUAAACUGACAACUUCUACCUUAAGGUUCUUGUGCUAAAUGUAUUGUAUGCUCAUAUUCAAGGCAGAUGAGCUGUUUGUCAAGAUUGGCACAGCAGCGGUCCAGAACAUCAAGAAGGAUUAUGGGAAAAAUGCUGAUGUCACAGGACUGUGGAAUACGACAAUGAGCACAGUAUGAGUUACUGCUGAGGAAAUAAAAAAUCUGAUCCCACAGUUUUACUGAUUCUAUGUGUAAAAUGAACUCUUUUUGUGCCCACAUUAGUUAAAAUGUUGUGGAUUCUACAACUCUUCAGACUUUGUGGGUUCUCCAUAUUAUGUGGACCACAACAAGCUUUUACCACCGCAGUGCUGUCCUGGCAUGGAGAGCCCGUGCAACCAGACUGUGGCUGACCAUGCAACGGUAUGACCUCUGUGAGAGGCAGAAAAAUCCUAAACACAACCCUCCCAGAAUCACUUUGAAUCAACACUGGUACCCUGUACUCUUUGUUUUCCUCAGAGCAUCACUGGCUGCUUUCCCAAGAUCAAACAGCUAAUUGAUGACAACACAGUUGUCAUUGUGGGAGUGGCCUUGGGGAUUGCAGCACUGGAGGUAAGACAAGUACCUCCUCAUGGCUGAAGGAGAACAGAGAUUUCAUCACUGUGAAUAAUCAAUCUGAGACCAUAAAAGUGUGUCUAGAAGAUGCUCCAAUUACACUUCCUGUUUUCUGCAGCUGUUAUGAAUAUAUUAUAUAUAAAAUCGCUCAUAAUUGCCGUUAAUACACCUUAAAGAUGCAUUUAUCAGGCUUCAUAUGCAUUAUAAGAUGGCGGUUCAUAUAUGUGUCACUGCACAUUUUUCAAAAGUACAAUGGCAGCAUGAUUGUCUCAUACAAGAGUGUGCAAAUCAAAUGUACACUCUAACAACUACUCAUAGAUUGUGGCAAAAAUGGAGACAAAUCCUAGUUAGUGUGAAUGAAAGAUCAUCUUAUUUAUGUGCUGAAUGGAACAGAAGAAACCAGUCCUCUCUCUCUCUCUCUCUCUCUCUCUCUCUCUCUCUUAAACACGUCAUGUUAUUAAUGAAAAGUCCUAUUUGUGUCCUUUAGGAGUUAUUAACUACCACUUUUUGCCUACCUUUCAGAUCUGUGCCAUGGCUGUCUCCAUGAUUCUUUUCUGCAGGAUAAGGUCCGGGAGGGACUAACAGAAAAAGCCAAAGGUCACAGUUUGUUCAUUAAAACUUCAGUCUCUGCUUUACCAACAGCCUCCUGAAGAGUUAAAGGCCUUUCCUUCACAAAUAUUGCCUCAUCAUUUACAACAGUUCAUGUCAGAUUUUGUGCAAUCAAAGAUUUUGAAGAAUAUAACAAAUCUGUUUUUACUGCACUGAAAUCGCUCUAAUAUUUAUAUUAUAAAUGAAUGCACAGAUGUAUUUCUUAAAUACUGGACUCUUUGUUAAGAGUCUGCUUACGCUGUCUGCCAGAGAUCAUUCCAAAUGUAAAGCAAUGCAACUGCAUGUCACAAAUGCCCAGUUAAUAAGAAAUUACACAAUAACUGUGUCAAAUACUGAUGAUAAAACCACUUUUUUAAAGGUUGUUGCCAAGACACAGCUGUUGAUUAGUAUCAGGAAUGCCACAUCAUUUGAAAGUAUGCUGUAUGGUCAUCACUGUUGAAAUAAACAUAUGUUUGUAAGCUGUG